GUGUGAUGGGAGGAGGGGAGAAAGGACGGCAGAUGACUACAACUUACCAAGUGUGCAAGAUUUCCUCCUUGCAUUAGAGCCAUUGUCUUAUUAAAAGGAUCUGGCUGUGAUAAUUCUUGAGUCAGUUUUGACUGCGUUGCAUACGUGCAGGUAUAUGGAGUAGACGCCAGCAUAUUGGGGGGAUCAGUUCCUGCAUCCAUCCAUCCAUCUAUCCAUCCAUCACCAACACAAGCGACAGGAGACGCGCAGCCAUCCUAUCAUCAUCUUAUCAUGUGGAUUAUUUUGGCGCUGAUUUUGGCAGCGGCCGGUCCUGAUGGGGGCCAGGGAUGCCAGCUGCCCCACGACUGGAGACCACAGACAGAAGCGUGCCGUGCCGAGCUGGCCGAGAUAAUUGUCUUCGCCAAGGUGCUGGCACUGCACAAGGAGUCUUACAGUGUGUAUAACUACCUGCCUUGGCAGCACGACACGGACCUGCUGUUUUCCGCCGAGAUCGAGCUGCUGUGUGACCAGGCGUGGGGCAGCAUGCUGGAGGUCCCCGCGGGGUCCCGGUUUAACGUCACCGGCCUGGGGUAUUUCCCCUGUUUCUCCUACAGUGUCGUCGAGAACAACUCCUACUAUUUCUUUCUCAGGAUGGAUGAGAACUACAGUAUUAUCCCUCAUGGAGUGAACUUCCAGGAUCCCAUCUUCCCUGACACUCCAGAGAACCACCGCAUGUUUGCCAGCCUUUUCCAGUUUUCCAACUGCACGCCUGGGACUCAGGUCCACAGCUUUUCCCCGGAGUGGGAGGCUCUGGAGGACAGCCGGUUGUUAUGUUCCACAGUGCAGAAGGCUCUGUUUGAGGAGGAGGAGCGGGUGAGGACUCUGUCUCAGAAGGUGCGUUCCCUGGAGAAAGCCAACGGCCACCUGAGGGACAGGGUGAAGAGCAUGAAGCGUCUGCUUCGCCAGGCUAAACGAGAAACAACAAAGGAGCAACAAACCCUCAGCCUGAAACAGAUCUAUGAUUCAGACACCCCCGGAGCCCACCCAGACCAGGACACUACUGAGGAUCAGAAGAGCCCUCAGCUCAAAAAGGUCGUCUCCAAGAAGCUAAAAAACUAAAAUUGUCCACUCUUUAAUUUAUACCAACUCAACCCUUCCCUGUCCAAAGUCCAUGACAUAGCAGCAGCGGGGAGUAAGAUGUUGGACCUUGAAUGUGUGCAGGUAUUACAUUAUCCGUUCCCUCAGUCUGAUUAAUAUGCUCAUUGUAAAAAUGUGUGUUGCGUUUAUUUUGAAGCGACAUACAUUCAUAUAUUCUGUAUGGCUCUGAAAAGGAAGCAACUUCACCCAUGCAACUGCACUGUCUCAAUUUGUUGCUGUGAGAAUAUUGACUUGCACCAGUGAAGCUGCCAACCACAAAAAAACCCUUUCUACUUACUUAUUUUUAUCCCUUAGAACAAUGCAUGGCUUUCACUUGAGCCAUUUUGUGUCCCCAGUUGAAGUAAACCAAAAAUUUUACUUGUAGUGAUGCAAAAUGUCAGAUAUUUGCCUUGCUGUCCAAUGAAAUAUGACACAUCGGGGUAAGUGAUCUCAAUCUAAAGCUUGUUGAUCAUAUCUGGGUCACUUGUCCUCUUUUCACUCCAUCAUUCAACUAUGCAGUCCUUUCACACUAUUGAUAUUACCCUCCUAACCCUCAUCUUUUACUUCUGUUCCUCGAUCAAAUUCAGUGGAGUCUGCAAUGCAUCAUGAAUGAGGGAGCUAAAAGUCAGAGCUCACAUUUGGCAGAUGGAGCCAUGCACUAUUGGAAAAAGAUGUGAAAAACGUUAUUCGAUAUUUGAUAUCACCCUUUGGCAAAUCAUUGUUUUUUUUCUGUGCUGGACACAUUGUUUAUGUGCAAGUUAGCUACAUUUCAAAAUCAAUCGCCGUGUCUUGAAUGUCAGCAGUUGGACAUGGGGAUGUGAACAUAUUGGCUUCCAAUCAGUCAGAAAUAAUGUGCUGAAUUUAUUGUCUACAACUUAGCUUGAAUUCUGCUCUUAUGAAUUAUAUUUCUAUCAGUAACGGGAUUAGUGCUGUGCAAAGUACAGUCACAUACUUCUAUAUUAGUUUUGGUGAAGUUUUCUGCUAAUAGUGUACCAAAGAGCCUGUGCACUGUGUCCUGAUGCUGAUACAAGCAUCUGCUGUUACUGAAUGUUAUUUUGGUCAAUCAAAAAAAGAAAAAAGAAAAAAAAAUCUCUGUUUGAGUGCCUGUAUGACCAAUAUACACUCAUACCAGUCAUCAUUUAGAAGAGCUGAGACAGGUUCAAAGUGCUGUAACUGAAUAAUGAACCAGCUGCAUAUGUAUCAUGAUGUGCAAAUGUGUGAUGUGGUGUGGUGUUUACAUGCCGUUUAUUAUCUGCAAACAGUUAAGUCAGAAAAAUGAAAUCGUUACUAUAAGAACCAAAUUUUUGUACUCAUCAAAUAGAAAAAUGGCACAGAUUUGCAAUUGAUAUUUGUAAGGUUCGGUGUAAAAAUAGGCACUGUUUAUAAACAAUAACUGUUUGCAUAAACACUAACAACAUGUUCAAGAUGCACAAGUCAUGAAAACUUAAUUUGACAGACUUAGUCACACUGCAGUUUGUAAACAGCCCUCCGGAGGUAACCUUAAUAUAGUAGAAUUGAAUGAUUGAAUCCUAAUUUGUUUUUUUCUUUCAUGCAAUAUUUUUUGGAGCAGAAACAACAAGAGCCAGGCAAAGCAUUUGUUCGGUAGGGAACUGCAACAUGAUUAAAAUUCAUGCAAUUCAUGAUUUAGGCACAAACUCUUUUCGGGUUUAUAAUGAAUUGACAUGCAUCCAUUUCCCCUAUGCUACCACUUCGUAAACAUCACCUAAAAUGCUGUCCUUCAAGAUGAUUGACGCAUACUUGAAUAUCCAAACCAAAGAUUACAGCACUUAAUUACUUCAAAUUCUGUAGGUCUGCCAGUUUAGGAUGUGGGACCCUAUGCCACUUGUUGUUCAGGGCCCAAAAUUCUCCAAUACCUUAUUCAGUGAAGCAAUUAUGUUGUUUGUAGAAGUGCAGCUGUUUUUCAUUUACUUGUUUAAUCUCUUUAUACCCAGGAAACUCUAUCCCCAAAGCAUAGUGAUUCCUUAAACCUCGGGAACCUUAUCCCAAAAGUGUAGUGGUAUUUGUACAUGUCGUGCUUUUUGCAAGUAGUUUCAUAUGAAAAAAAGUAUAGUUUUUCUUUUUGAAAAUAGGGUGCUGAGCGCUCAAUAAGUAUAACUGUGUGCCAGUGAGGCUGGUGUGGUGCAGGAAUGGGUCAUUUCUGUGUCAGAAAUGAAAGUUUGCUUUUAUUAUAAAUUCUGUGUUUGGCUUUUCAUUAUUAUUUGGCUUUCUUCAAACAAUAAACUUCUGGU